UUGUUAUUGUCGUCAAUAUCUUCACAGAUAAGCCAACACCAGAUCAGCAAAGUGUUGUUGUCUAUUAUAGACUUGUUAUGGCCACCGGUUCCUCGUCUCCCUACCUCAACCAUCUGUCACAUCACGAUCAGCACAUAAUGCAAGCCGUGGCCACACAGAACAUGUCCUACGGGCGCGAACCGCCUGAACUUAAAUAUAUGCCACACCAUACCCAGAGUCCAAAUGGACACGCGCUCAGUGCCCAUCAUCAGUGGGCUGUGGGAUUGCCUUCACACACAACAGACAACAUGAGUCCGUGGACACCGACGGCCAUUCACGGUCUGCAUCAUCAGGACAUCAAACCGAAUGGACCGUCGAGUGCCGAUCUGCACGCGUCAAUUCACGCGCACCACCGGACGCCACAACACAUGGCAUCGUCGCAUCCGUGGCAUCCGUCGUCACUUCACGCCUCCUCAGCCCAUAUGACCGCAAUGACCCCUCACAGUAACGGCUCAUCACCUCUACAACAUCACGGCUACGGCAUGAACGGUAUGUUAGCCCAUACGGGACAGGGCAAUGGUCCCUCACAAGUCCUACACCCGGCCAUGAGAGGCGACCUCAGUCUUCAUAAUGAACUGUCGCGACUGGACGGUCGGCUCGAUGACAGAGGUUCGGUAGGUCUGCAUCCCGAUCACAGACACUCGGAAAGUGCUGGCGAAGAGGAAACGCCAUCGAGUGACGACUUGGAACAGUUCGCCAAACAAUUCAAACAAAGAAGAAUCAAAUUAGGCUUUACUCAGGCAGACGUUGGUCUGGCGUUGGGAACCCUUUACGGCAAUGUCUUCUCUCAGACAACGAUUUGCCGCUUCGAAGCCUUACAAUUGAGUUUCAAAAACAUGUGUAAACUGAAGCCAUUACUCGCCAAAUGGUUAGAAGAGGCCGAUUCUACUACCGGUUCCCCGACCAGUAUAGACAAAAUUGCCGCACAGGGACGCAAACGCAAGAAGCGCACUAGUAUUGAAGUGUCGGUGAAGGGCGCCCUCGAAACACAUUUCCAUAAACAGCCGAAACCGUCGGCUCAGGAGAUCACGGCUUUGGCCGAACAUCUGCAGCUCGAGAAAGAGGUGGUACGGGUCUGGUUCUGCAAUAGACGACAGAAAGAGAAAAGGAUGACUCCACCGAACGGUGCAAUGGAUGGCUCAAUGAUGAUGAGUCCACACGAUAGCAGUGGUGGCCACCACACCAGUCCACUACAUCAUCCACACUCACACAGCCCUCCCUAUUCACCACAACCUCAUUAUUGACUAUAAACUAUAUGACAUAUGAACUCAAUAUAAUUACUGUAAGAAAAAUACAAAACAAAAUGAUUUA